AUGUCAUUUAAAACAGUAUUCAUAUAUUUUUCAGAACAAGAAAAGACAUAUCCAGAGAAUAAGGAGUCCCUUACGGUACACCCGCCCCUAUCAGCCAAGGUUUGAAGGGAAAAACCUGCAUUCACGUUUCAGGUUUUUCAGGACUAUGGAGGAACAGCGUUUUAUACGGCGCCCAAAUUUUGCACUGAGGUACCAGAGGCAUCAUACAUAUCAGUGGUCCAGUCUACAGCUAAGGCGUAAGCCCAGAGCCUCUCCUCCUUCCAGACAGCAGUUCCACAAAGGCCUGAACAAGAAUAGCUCCACGGCACAUAUUGAACCCGGCAGAACAGACAUUUCUCGGCCAUCCUCUGGAAAAAGAUCAUCAUUGCCAUCUACAGUGUCACAGAAACCCAGCAACAGAGAUGCUCUCUCAUCUGUGACAUGUGCUGUGGCACGAAACAGAGCUAUACAGAAGAAACAAGAGCAGAUAGAGGAGGUGUAUCGGCAGGACUGUGAUACAUUUGGCAUGGUUGUGAAGAUGUUGGUGGCCAAGGAUCCAUCCUUGGAGAAGCCAAUUCAACUGUCUCUGCAUGAAAACCUGAGGGACUUUGGCAUGCGUUGCAUCAAGGUGUAUCGGCAGGACUGUGAUACAUUUGGCAUGGUUGUGAAGAUGUUGGUGGCCAAGGAUCCAUCCUUGGAGAAGCCAAUUCAACUGUCUCUGCAUGAAAACCUGAGGGACUUUGGCAUGCGUUGCAUCAAGGCCAUGGAGCAGUUCAUCCAUGAAUAUGAUUCCAGAGAGCUAGACACUCCAUCCACCUCCCAACUACAUUCCAUAAAGUGA